AUGACAGUUUUCUUUCUUUCUUUUUCUUUCUUGUCUUUUCUUUUCUUUCUUUCUUUCUUUUCUAUUCCUUCUUUUUCUUUCUUUCUUUCUUUCUUUCUAUUCUUUCUUUUUCUUUCUGUCUUUCUUUCUGAUCUUUUCUUUUCUUUCUUUCUUUUCUAUUCUUUCUUUUUCUUGUCUUUUCUUUUUCUUUCUUUUUCUUUCUUGCCUUUUCUUUCUUUCUUUUCUAUUCUUUCUUUUUCUUUCUUUCUUUUCUAUUCUUUCUUUUUCUUUCUUUCUUUCUUUCUUUAUAUUCUUCAUCCCUUUCUUUUCAUUAAUUUUAUUUUAUUAUAUUAUUUUUAUUUUAAUCAUUUUUAUUAUAUUCUUUCUUUCUUUUCAUUAUUUUAUUAUAUUCUUUUUUUCUUUUCAUUAUUUUAUUAUAUUCUUUCUUUCUUGUCAUUAUUUUUACUCUAUUCUUUCCUUCUUUCCGUUAUUUUUAUUAUAUUUUUUCUUUGUUUUCAUUAUUUUUAUUAUAUUCUUCAUCCCUUUCUUUUCAUUAAUUUUAUUAUAUUAUUUCUUUAUUUUAAUCAUUUUUAUUAUAUCCUUUCUUUCUUUUCAUUAUUUUUAAUUUUUUCUUUCUUUUCAUUAUUUUUAUUAUAUUCCUCAUCAUUUUUCUUUUCAUUAAUUUUAUUAUAUUAUUUCUUUAUUGUAAUCAUUUUUAUUAUAUUCUAUCAUUCUUUUCAUUAUUUUUAUUAUAUUCUAUCUUUUCUCAUUAUUUUUAUUAUAUCCUUUCUUUCUUUUCAUUAUUUUAGUAUAUUCUUCAUCCCUUUCUUUUCAUUAAUUAUAUUAUAUUAUUUCUUUAUUUUAAUCAUUUUUAUUAUAUUUUUUCUUUCUUUUCAUUAUUUUAUUAUAUUCUUUUUUCUUUUCAUUAUUUUUAUUGUAUUCUUUUUUUCUUUUCUUUAUCUUUUAUAUUCUUUCUUUCCUUCUUUUCAUUAUUGUUCUUUAUUUUUAUUCUAUUCUAUUCUAUUCUUUCUUUCUUUCUUUCUUUCUUUCUUUCUUUCUUUCUUUCUUUCUUUCUUUCUAACCGUUACGUAUAUCUCCACUAGCCUCUAUAUUUCCUUUCAUUUCUUUUCUUUUCUCUGA